GUUCAUCAGAGAGCGGAGGAAUGUGUGCGAGCACUCCGGCUCUUCGAGGACAUCAGCAGCGGUAAAUCUGUCCUGAACGUCCUUCACCAGGACUUCGAUCUCUCCUUGCUGAAGGAAAGCAUUGAUCUGACCAAAGUCGCCGUCAUGGGCCACUCCUUUGGCGGAGUGACAGCGGUGCUGGCCUUGGUGAAAGAGCCCAGCUUCAGGGGAUCCGUGCACCAGAGCCAAACUGACUUCACCUUUCUUACUGGGAAGCUCAUCAACCGCAUCUUCAACGCGAGGGGCACCCUGGACCCCUACAAGGGUCUGGACAUCACCAGCCAGGCGGCUCUGGCCUUCCUGCAAAGGCACCUGGGUGCGGCGCGGGAGGAGUUAGUUCGAUGGGACAACCUCCUGGAAGGCAUCGGAGACUCGGUCGUUCCAGAAGCGCCGUUCUGCCGCUCCAACCUGUAG